UAUUUUUUCAUCUGCACGUUUCUAGUGUUUCCAUGUGGAAAAAACAUAUGUCCGAAAGCAGCGAAGGCACUUUUCGAAAUAAAGAAGACGAAGACGUUCGAUGUACGGGCAACGGCCACGAGCGCUGGUACCGAAGCCCUAGACCCUCACGUCCACCGAGCGAGGUACAAUACUGCGUGCAGACCGACGUUCCAGGGAUUUCGUCUUUCACAGCGUCCAACCUGGCACCGCUCCAGCACCGUGGUGGAUGAUGCUGAUGAACCUGAGGCGACAGCGACGUUCCAAAGAAAGCGUCUGCGAUGUCGGGCCAUGGAACAGCCGCAAGCGCAAGUACGCCGCAUGCUUCGUCGGCAGCUGCCCCAGCCAGUGCCUGUCAGUCAACCAACUCUCUUCGAACCUGCGCUACCAUUGGAGCAUACUGAGCCAUCGCCGGGUGAACCACGACAUGUCGUGCAUGACCAGCACGGCCAACGGCUACUUCCUCCUCGCGGAGCGUCCUAUAUGGAACGAAUUUCCGUCGUUCAUCAACUUCGAGCUACGCGAAGUCCGUCCUAGAGAGCUGGCCCUGGCGUGUCUGCGCAGUCGCCUGGUUUCCGACGCGUUCAACAUGCAACGUUGGUACUCGAUCUGGGUGGCGCACUGGUUGUUCCUGAAGCACUCCUGCAUCAAGUUCGUGGAACCGAGCGAGUCGCACGUCACCCACAAUCACUUCCUCUUGCUGCGCGACUUCUGGCUGAGCCGCAACCUGGGCAACGUCAAGCUCGGCAGCUACCGCUCGGACGACUACCUGCCCAGGGGCCUCGUCGACACGCUCCGCUCCGUGGUCACCACUCUGGACACGCUGGAGCUCAUGAGCCUGCGCUUCUUCGGCUUGGAAAUGCUGUGCGAGAUGCUCGGCAGGCGCAGAAGCAGUGUCAGUUUUAGUGUCCUUUAUCCAAAUCUCUCGUAAUGUCCCUUGAUGCUGGACGUCCCGAUCAUGCGGCGCAGCAUGCACCUUAUAUGGCCUGUGUAGUUCCCUAGGCGGCGCACCAUGCAGCUUGAGCCCUAAUAUUCGCAUGCGAGCGGCCGGCAUCCCACAUCCCUUCAACCCAACUCGGAAGGCAAUCGAUGCAGCAACUCCAAUUUCCCCCCGUUUCCUCCUUAAUUAUGCUUUUUGCUUCGCCACGUCUCCUGAACACUAGUACUUCCAGAUACACAGUGGACUAAGGCGUGGCCUGCGCUCGGGUCAGCGUAUACGUAGACGCGUGAAGGGCGCAGACGCUUCGCUUAGGCUUGUGGCAAGCACAUGGACGAUUGGGGAGGCACGCGGUUGACUUGGCGAGUGCGGUGUUCAUUAUGUUGUGGUCGCUUGCUAAAUAAUGGCGGUGUCUUACCAGUUAUUUAUGACAUGCCUUGUCGGAAUGCGCGAAUUUGACCAAACAGCAUUGCAACGCGGGAAAUAAAUCAGCACUUCUGUGUUU